GUAGACAUAGCAAAUUGCACCGUCCUCCACGCAAGAUCCAAUGCAUCUUUUCCAGAUUCAAAAACACGCCGCAAAACAAAGACAAUAUGGCUGAAGCAGGGCAUUCAUCUUGCCACAUCCACCUUGCCUCUGCACCGCUAACCGAAGCCGCCCGCGGUCAUCACAGCAAGCUUGAUUCGCAGCCCCUCUCCGAAGUCGGCAUGGGAGCUUUUUGAGGUCCUCGCCUUCAGCUAUUUGAGUUCCACCAGCUCCUCUUUUAAGCCCGAACACCCUCUUGUCUCCGCACACGUCUUCGUAUCCCCCCCCUCCCUGAUCUGACUUUGCCAUUGACCCCCUUGUGCCACUCGCAGCCCCAGCACCCGUCAUGCCGUCUGCUGUGAAACCGCCGCAGACCCUGUACGACAAGGUCUUCCAAGACCACAUCGUCGAGGAGAAGGAGGAUGGGACCAUUCUGCUCUACAUCGACCGACAUCUCGUCCACGAAGUGACAUCACCGCAAGCAUUUGAGGGACUCCGAAACGCGUCCCGGAAAGUGCGGCGGCCGGACUGCACCCUGGCGACCGUAGAUCACAACAUCCCUACAACUUCGCGGAAGAACCUCACCACGACUGAUAAAUUCAUCGACGAGGCAGAUUCGCGGACACAAUGCGUGACGCUGGAGGACAACGUCAAGGCCUUCGACCUCACAUACUUCGGCCUCGGAGACAAGCGUCAGGGUAUCGUGCAUAUCAUCGGCCCGGAGCAGGGCUUCACCCUGCCCGGAACCACAGUCGUCUGCGGCGAUAGCCAUACUUCUACACAUGGCGCUUUCGGCGCUCUGGCAUUCGGCAUUGGCACGAGCGAGGUUGAGCAUGUCCUCGCUACUCAGACCCUAAUCACCCAGCGGAGUAAGAACAUGAAGGUGCAGGUCGAUGGGGACCUCGCGCCUGGUGUCAGCAGCAAGGACAUAAUUCUCCACGUCAUUGGAAUCAUCGGCACAGCUGGGGGUACUGGCGCCGUCAUUGAGUUCUGCGGGUCUGCUAUCCGGGCACUCAGCAUGGAAGCCCGCAUGUCGAUAUGUAACAUGUCGAUCGAGGCUGGUGCAAGAGCGGGGAUGGUCGCACCGGACCAGAAUACUAUCGAGUACCUCAAGGGCCGGCCGCUCGCACCCAAGGUCGACAGCCCGGAAUGGAAGAGGGCCGUCAACUACUGGCUGAGCUUGAAGUCGGAUGAGGAUGCCAAGUUCGACAUCGAAGUAUUUGUCGACAGCAAAGACAUUGCCCCGACCGUCUCGUGGGGCACCUCCCCACAGGAUGUUGUCCCAAUCACCGGAGUCGUUCCCGGACCUGAUGACUUCGAGGACGAGUCCAAGAAGGAUGCGUGCAGGCGUGCUCUGAAGUACAUGGGGUUGACUGCUGGAAUGCCAAUGCAGGAGAUCGCUCUGGACAAGAUCUUCAUCGGAUCUUGUACUAAUGCCCGCAUUGAGGAUCUCCGAGCAGCGGCCCGCAUCGUCGAAGGGAAGAAGAUCGCAAAGAGCCUCAAGCGUGCCAUGAUUGUUCCUGGAUCUGGACUGGUUAAGCAACAGGCUGAGUCCGAAGGGCUCGAUAAGAUCUUUACUGACGCAGGCUUCGAGUGGAGGGAAGCUGGCUGCUCUAUGUGUCUUGGCAUGAAUCCUGAUAUCCUCUCUCCAGGCGAGCGUUGCGCAAGUACCUCGAAUCGCAAUUUUGAAGGCCGACAAGGCGCUGGUGGCCGAACACAUCUUAUGUCCCCCGCCAUGGCUGCCGCCGCUGCCCUUGUGGGAAAUCUCGCCGAUGUCCGAAAACUCGCUCCUCGCCUAGCCACUGGUACCAAGUCUUCCCCUAAGGUUGAACUCGACGCCCAUGUAGAAGAUAUUACCAGCGACGAAGACCUCGACCGAAUCAUAGAUGCCCCUGUUGACCCCGUCUCGCACCCAUCCGCAUCUCCCACCAUGGGAGCCUCCGCCGGCAUGCCCGAAUUUAAACUCCUCCGCGGAUAUGCAGCGCCAAUGGACAUCGCGAACAUUGACACUGACGCCAUCAUCCCCAAGCAAUUCCUCAAAACCAUCAAGCGCUCAGGCCUCGGCUCCGCACUCUUCCACGCUUGGCGAUACGAGGCAGGUACUGACAAAGAAACCCCCGACUUCAUACUCAACAAGGAGCCGUACAGACAAUCAAAGAUCCUCGUCUGCACAGGUCCCAACUUCGGCUGCGGAUCAAGUCGAGAACAUGCACCGUGGGCGCUACUUGAUUUCGGGAUUAAGUGCAUCAUCGCACCGAGCUUUGGCGAUAUUUUCUUCAAUAAUACAUUUAAGAAUGGCAUGUUGCCGAUGCGCAUUACAGACCACUCCGCCCUCGAGAGAGUCGCGACAGAGGCCAGGGCUGGCAAGGAGAUCGAAGUUGAUCUUCCGAAUCAGAUUAUUCGUGACGCUGGCGGUAAUGAGCUGGCGACGUUUGAAGUUGAGGAGUUCAGGAAACAUUGUCUGGUCAAUGGUCUUGAUGACAUUGGCUUGACGAUGGCGAGGGUUGAUAAGAUUGAGAAGCAUGAGGCGAAGAGAUCGAGGGAGUGGCCGUGGCUGGAUGGGAGUGGGUAUUUAGCACGGCAUCGGAAGGGCCCGGUUAAGAUCGAGGCGGCGGAUGUGCCGAGGACAAAUCGGGGAGAGGUGUUGAAUGAGCCGUUGGAGUGGUAGGUUCUCGUCUUGUGCGAGGGGAAAAAUUCAUUUCUUGGUAUCUCAGCGUCAGCAAGCGAGGGACAUAAUAUGCAUUCACUGUCGCCUGGAAUCUGUUUCUGUCUCCUUUCCUUUCCUUUCUUUCUUUUCUUGACUGGCUUGGCUUCGGCCUACUUCUAUCUAUCUAUCUCCCGUUGCCCGCGAGCUCCUGUUUUUGUCUUCUAGUCCAGAGGGAUACAGCGAUACAUGUGUUUGAUUUUGAGUAUUAUCCAUCGUUACGAUAAGAUGGCUUAUGAUGAGAUGAGAUGAAGUAAUACACGGUCUUGGGAUUACG